GACACACACACACACACACACACACACACUAGUACAUACUCAUACAUAGACAUACACACACACACACAUAUAUGAUUAUAUAGACUGAUAUAUAUUAUAUAGACGUCAACUAUGUUUUUGUGUAAGAGUCACCAGUCCCAAAUUGCCAGGAAUGCCAAUGUGUCCAGGUCCACCUCGGCUGUUUCUGUGUCCAACAGCAAAGUAGGCAAGAGUGCGCCACGGGUCGAAGGCAGUCUGCGGAUCCUGAACAUUCUGGAAUGUCCCAACGAUGUGUUGUGUUGCCAGUUCUCUGUUGAUGGAAGAAACCUGGCUGUGGGACUGAAGGAUGGAAUGAUUAAGAUAUACAACACCCAGUCCGGCCAGGCCAGGUACCAGCUUGCGGACAAGGACUGCCUCAUGUUGCACCUCCCCGUCACUCAGAUCCGCUUCAGGGCGCUUGAUACUGAACGGAGGAACGACUACAUGAACAUACUGAUUGCAUCAUAUGCUUCAGGAAUGGUGAAACUCUGGCACUACCCCACGGCUACCUGCGUUGCCACGAUUAGCGAGAAACGCCAGACUCUCUCCAUUGAAGUCAACCCCGACAGGUCAAAACUUCUGACGACAGGAUCCGAUGCCUUUAUCCAUGUUUACGACUUGGAAACGAGGAAACUGAUUAACACCUGUAAAGCCAGUGAUUCCCAGCAGUUGAUGGAUGGCCACAAAUUCCGUGUGUUUGCAGCCCAGUAUCACCCCGCUACACAAAAUACUUUCAUAUCAGGAGGAUGGGAUAACACAGUCCAAUAUUGGGAUGACAGGAACCCUCGCUCCUUCAGACAUUUCACUGGUCCCCAUAUCUGUGGUGACUCCCUGGCCAUUGAUGCCUCAACCAACCAAAUUCUUACUGGAUCUUGGAGAAGGACAAACAUCUUACAG